GCAGCUAUCAAUGGUGUAAUACCCCAGGAAAAUGGCAUUCUACAAAGUGAUUAUGGAGGUGAGACCAUACCAGGACCUGCAUUUGAUCCAGCAAAUCAUCCAGCUCCAGCUCCUACUCCAUCUUCUUCUUCUGUGUUUCGACCUGUCAUGCCAUCCAGGCAGAUUGUAGAAAGGCAACCUCGGAUGUUGGACUUCAGGGUUGAGUACAGAGACAGAAAUGUUGAUGUAGUACUUGAAGACACCUGUAAUGUUGGUAAG